AGCAGAGAAAGGGUGUCGGUGGCAGAGGUGCGUCUACUCGGUGACUUGACUGAGUGGUAGCUGGCAUCGCGUCCACCCGUAUGGGACCCUACGGGGUGAAGGCUCGUUUCUUUUAGCCAAAACGUUUACAGAAGAAAAGCAGGAGAAAUUGACUUGGUUUAUUUAUAAAGUAGAGCCAAUGUAAAUAGUAAAUAGUUAAAUAGUGGACUGUAAAUAGUUAAAUGAACUUGAUUCAAUUUUGCUUUGUAUAGUAAGUAUAUGAAGACAUGCUAUGAAUCACAACUCCUUAGCCCAGACGAAAUCGAAUCUCAGAUUUGUGCAAUUGUUCAUGGAGGACAUUCGAGCUGCACGGGAGCUUCCAAAAUAUUUCGAGCUUAAUGAAUACAAAUGAUGAAAAUGGUUGCCGCUGGCAUCUGACAGAAAGGAAACAAAGCAAGAACAUUUAAAUUUAGUGAGUCAAAGAACGCAUGACUUUCUUUGAGAGAUUUCUGUAUCAAAGGACGGAUGCAUUCUAUUUGUGAUUUUGGACAAAAUAUUCACCCUUCUUUAACAAAAUAUAUAGAACUUAGUUAAAAGUAGAAGACACCCACGGGUCUUUUCACAUAUCAUCUGUACAGAUUUCCUCCGGUGAUAAAUUCAAAGCUGCCUCCUACAUGUAGCAAACAAACAAGGAAGUUUUGAUUCUCUUUUCGGAAUAAAACGCAUUCCAGAACUAUUUCCCUUCAUUUCGUAACGCGGGUAUUGAAAGAGAAGAGAGAGAGAGGAGCAAAAAUAAGGACAAUGGGCGUGCGACUGGAAACACAUCGUUUUCUCUUCUAUGUAUUUUUCCUUUUGAAUUCUGUCGGCCGCAUCACCGGAGUCCGCAUAACAGACCUCAGAGUUCCGUCAGUGGCGCUCAAGGGCGACGAGGUCCGCCUCGUGUGCGACUACAAGGAGGAGAACGGGGCGUCGCUCUACACCCUCAAGUGGUACAAGGACGACCAGGAGUUCUACCGACACCAGCCGGGCAUAUCGCCGCACACGACACAGGAGCGCUGCCAGGACGCUUAUAUGUACACCGUCGAGGGAGUUAGUGUCGAUUGUUGGAUGUCAACGGAGAGGGAAGUGGUCCUACUGAAUGCGGAUCGAAGGACGUCGGGAGAGUUCCAGUGUGAAGUUAUUGGUGAACAUCCUAAAUUUAGAAAAGAAUUCCGAAAGUCCAACCUCACCGUCUAUGACGAACCCCUCCUCGCUCCACACAUCGUAGGAACCAAGGAUACUUACAGUCCUUCGGAAUACGUGUCUCUCAACUGCACUUCCGCGAAUCAGGAGUAUGACCCUGAUCUCACCUGGAAGAUUAAUGGUCAUCCUGCUCACCAGAAAUUCGUGUCCAGGUCCAGCGCACACACAAUGGGCCUGAGGUUCCAAGCUAGGAGCGAGUACUUCCAUCGCGGCAUGAUCCUUGUCUCCUGCACCUCGCACUUCGGCAGCAGUCACGAAAGAACGACCACGAAAGAGCUCAGGAGUCCGAACUACUUGACUGCUCAGGAAUAUCACUACAAUGCAGGUAUUUUGCUUGAAUAUGCCGCCGAUAAUGUUGGGAGGAAGUUACAUUAUCAACUGUGUCUGAGAGCACCUUUGCGCGCUACCAAGACAUCUAAAGGAAGGAUGAACGGAAUCUUUAGAAAAUGGGUGUAGAACACUCAUUACCAGUCUUCAGGUGCCAAUAUCUUCUCUAAAAAUGUGCAAGGAGUGCUUUGUCCGCUGCGGCAGCCAUGUCAGUGAUCGGAGCCUCUGCAAUGUCUCGGUCGACGCUUCUCUUUGUGUAACACUUGAACUUUUUGGCUGAUGUAUAUGUGUAAAUAAAUGUUUUGGAUGUAGAGAGUUCUGUAUUUUUUUGGACUACGUAGAUCGUAAGCUUCGUGUUUUCUUCUAUUGGAGAGUAGAGUUAUUGCAAUUUACGUGAGAGGUAUACAGUCACUGAGUUGUCUAUGAAUCUCUAAUUCAUUUUUUUACAAUAUCAAAUCCUUGUUUCCUAUCAUAGUCUUAAGAGUUUUCCAAAAGAAAAGGUCUCUGAUCUACAAGAGGUUUUGAAAAGUAGAGCCAGAAUUUUUGCUAUAACCCUAGAAACAAAAAAACCAUUGAAACUUUGCUCAAGGAAUUGUUACUAAGUCAUACCAAGAUAAACGUAAGUUUUAUUUGACGGAAUAAUGAGAUUUAAAGACUACAGACACCGAUACUGGAAUAAUGCAUAUCUCUGAUUCAGUCUGUAUUUGUAACAAAUAUAUAGUCUUAUGUAUGAGUUCACUUUCACUAUGGUAAUAUCACCACAACAGUACUCCAUGACAUUAUGUUUUCGGAGAAUAAAGAUAAAAUGUGUAUAAGUAACUGACAAAAAGAGGCCACGAAAGGCAUCACAAUAUCACGCUUUUUACCACUGUAACUUCUAUUAAAGCAACAAGCUAUGUGUAAAUACUGAUACUGAAUAAACGGAAAUUACUUCGAAA